AUGGCUUCCAAAUGUCUCAAGGCCAGUUUCUCUUCGAGGUCUCUCAAGGGCCUGGGAGGGGCUGGUGGGGGCUCCGGCAGCUCCAGCAAGCUCCCGAGCCUCUCCCGCGGGGUCCAGGGUUUCUCUGCGUGUUCAGCGGGGUUGACCAGAAGCAGCUGCAGGGCUGCUAGCUGCCUCCCAGCACUCUGCCUACCCGCUGGAGGCUUUGCCACCAGCUACAGUGUGGGUGGGGGCUGGUUCGGGGAAGGCAUCCUCAAUGGCAACGAGAAGGAGACCAUGCAGUUCCUGAAUGACCGCCUGGCCAAUUACCUGGAGAAGGUGCGCCAGCUGGAGCAGGAGAAUGCAGAGCUGGAGGGCCGCAUCCGUGAGUGGUGUGAGCAACAGGUUCCCUACAUGUGCCCUGACUACCAGUCUUACUUCCGGACCAUUGAGGAACUUCAGAAGAAGAACCUGUGCACCAAGGCUGAGAAUGCCAGACUGGUUGUGCAGAUUGACAAUGCCAAGCUGGCUGCAGAUGACUUCAGGACCAAGUAUGAGACGGAGCUGUCCAUGCGGCAGCUGGUGGAGGCCGACAUCAAUGGUCUACGCAGGAUCCUGGACGACCUGACCUUGUGCAAGUCUGACCUGGAGGCCCAGGUGGAGUCUCUGAAGGAGGAGCUAUUGUGUCUGAAGAAGAACCAUGAGGAGGAAGUGAACUCGCUGCGCUGCCAACUUGGUGACCGGCUCAACGUCGAGGUAGACGCUGCCCCACCUGUUGACUUGAACCGUGUCUUGGAUGAAAUGAGAUGCCAAUAUGAGACCCUGGUGGAGAAUAACCGUCGGGAUGCUGAAGACUGGUUCAACACCCAGACAGAGGAGCUGAACAAGCAGGUGGUGUCCAGCUCGGAGCAGCUGCAGUCCUGCCAGGCAGAGAUCAUCGAGCUGAGACGCACGGUCAAUGGCCUGGAGAUCGAGCUGCAGGCCCAGCACAGCUUGAGAGAUGCUUUGGAAUCCACCCUGGCUGAAACCGAGGCCCGCUACAGCUCCCAGCUGGCCCAGAUGCAGUACAUGAUCACUAAUGUGGAGGCCCAGCUCGCUGAGAUCCGGGCUGACCUGGAGCGGCAGAACCAGGAGUACCAGGUGCUGCUGGAUGUCCGGGCCCGGCUGGAGUGCGAGAUCAACACAUACAGAGGCCUGCUGGAGAGCGAGGACAGCAAGCUCCCCUGUAACCCGUGUGCUCCCGACUACUCGCCCUCCAAGUCCUGUCUUCCUUGUCUUCCGGCAGCCUCCUGUGGUCCGGGCACCACCCGAAUGAAUUGCAGCCCCCGCCCCAUUUGUGUGCCCUGUCCGGGGGGCCGGUUCUGA